AUUCUUUCGAACUGAAUUUGGGCGACCUCCACCCCUUCCUCCAUGGGUUCGCUAGUGGCUAAACUUCUUCUCCCCACGAUAAGCAGCCUGGUCUUUCUGCCGACCAUCAGCAUUGCAGCCAAGCGAAGAUUUCACAUGGAAGCCAUGGUUUAUUUUUUCACCAUGUUCUUUGUUGCGAUUUACCAUGCCUGUGACGGCCCUGGCUUAUCAGUGUUGUGUUUCAUGCGAUACGAUAUCCUGGAAUAUUUCAGCAUCUAUGGCACAGCUCUGUCCAUUUGGGUAUCGCUGAUGGCUCUGGCCGAGUUUGAUGAACCCAAAAGAUCGACCUUUGUGAUGUUUGGAGUGCUCACCAUAGCAGUAAGGAUUUACCAUGACCGAUGGGGCUAUGGUGUCUACUCGGGACCCAUCGGGACUGCCGUCCUUGUGAUAACAGUGAAAUGGCUGCAAAAGAUGAAAGAGAAGAAAGGCCUGUACCCCGACAAGAGCGUCUAUACACAGCAGAUUGGCCCCGGCUUCUGCUUUGGUGCUUUGGCACUGAUGCUGAGGUUCUUUUUUGAGGAUUGGGAUUACACCUAUGUGCACAGCUUCUACCACUGUGCCCUGGCCAUGUCCUUUGUCCUGCUGCUGCCCAAAGUGAACAAAAAAGCAGGGAACGCUGGGACCCCGGCCAAGCUGGAUUGUUCCACCCUCUGCUGCUGUGUGUGACGAGACCUUCCUCCCACCCGGUCAACGCUUCUGCAUCCCAACCUGCACCUAUCUGCAGUGGAGAUAGACUGUAUGCAUGUCACACAGCCUUCAUGCCGGCGGGGGUUGUGACCAAAAACAAGGGGCCAAGCUGGGAGCUGAGAAGAUUCCCUCCUGCCAUAAUGUCGCCACCUCCUACCCCCAAAUCCAGGCUGUUAAGAGUUUUAAUUGGCCGAGACACAAAACCAGCCCACUGGAAAAGCCAACUUUCAUCUGAGAGGCCACACUAGCCAGCCAAAAUCCUUCUCCCUGAUUCUGUAUUUUUGUAUUUACAGACCACAACAGCAACAAAACCCCCCAACGACCCUUCUUAGGGAAGUGUUGGUUGGCAUACGAACUUAUCUAUUGGCUACUCAUUAUAUUUGACAUGCCCUCGCCUUUCCCAGGGACAUCUGUGGGCUACAUGUUCUCUCUAUGUCCCCUUGGAUUCUUCCAUUUUCUUUCCCUUUGGAGAUGAGUGCUCAUGUUGCACUUUGCAAACCUCACCAAGCCUGUAUAUACGGGGAUUUGCUGUAGCUAACACUGAAACACCAGAGUUUGUAUUCUUGUGAGAUACUUGCUAUUUUAUUUAUGUAUUUUCUUAACAGAUAGGUUUUGUACAGAAGGGGCAAUCCUACCUCUAGCACCAAGAUUUGUGUAUAAACCUGAU